AUGUGGGCCUUAAUCUCACCCAGUGAGGUGGCAGUCUACGGUUUGAAGCCCUCAUUCAUUAGUUUCCCUUUUGUCUGUUUUGCAUGUCAUCCCUUGUUUAGAUUUCCUAUUUUCUUCAAUAUUCUCUCUUUUUCCAUCACUCCCUCCCUCACAGCCUCCUCUCCUGUCGAAACAUCAUCUUCCCUGUCCUCCUCUGGAAGUAGCACUCCCUCUGCCCUCCCUUCCCCUCCUCCCUCCUCCUCCUCCUCCUCCUCCUCCUCCUCCUCCUCCUCCUCCUCCUCCUCCUCCUCCUCCUCCAAGCCCCACAGUGUGGAGGCCCAGGAGGCAGAGGUUAGACUGUUGCCUCCCCUGCUGAAGGACCAGGCCUGGGGGGUUCAUGCCCAGGAGGCCUUCCUGCUCUUCUGCCUGGCCUUGGGUCCCAGUGAUGUCCACAUUCACUGGCUAAUAAAUGGGCACAGUCUGGAUACCCCUAUAAUGGAGUACCGCCGGCCGCUGGGUCAGAGGGAGGUACUAGUGAGCAGCUGGCUCAGAGAGGGGCCGCUGAUCAAGGAUGCCCGUUACCACUGUGUCGCUGAGGCUAGCACGGGAAGUGACAUGUCUGAGCUCGACCUCCGCCUCACUAUUGGAGAUGAGGAGAGCAUUCCAUCCAGGGAUUUGAACCAAUGGAGAGGUGCACUCACAGAGCAUGAGCAACUGCUAAAAAGAUGGGAAAAGGCCUGGGAAAGCUGUGAUGGCCACUGAGCUCUGUAAAGAUGUUAUGAGCUUCACUUGUGUUGGCUGAAUCUGGUUGUGAACAUGGUCCUCAGCCCAGGUGGACCACACCUUUGGCACUGAAACUCAUAAACAGAUGGAAUAAGAAUCACUUCUUACAUAGGAGUUUGAUGGACUGUGCUGUGAAUUCACAACACCUGCCUUCUGCAGGGGCUCACCUGGUUGUGAUGAUGGUGUUGGGACUCCUUAAAAACUGACGAGGAGACGAAGCUCAUCUGUAGCCUCAGUCUGAGGAUGUGUGGGCUGUCUUUCUACCAAAUCUACAUUUGUUUCUAUUUUUACUGAUGAAAAUUAACAUCCUGAAAGCAGUGCUUGUAUGGAACAAUAAAACUGAUGGUACAGUAUAUGAGAAGCACUGCUCUGUAUUUGUAAGCGAUGCAGCAUCUGUGACAGUUCAGACCUGUUUAUAGUUGGGUUUAUUUUACAAAUGUCUCAGAUGUUUGCACCUGCACUGCCUUCCAAAGCCUCAGUACAGUCCUUCAAAGCUACCUUGCAGUUUGACAUUUUCACUUGAGAUUAUACAGUGUCUUUAAUCUUUAAUUUUUUCUUUCCAGAGAGUCAAAGCCCACACUGAUUGCAGGAAUAGAGUAGGUUACUGUGGGAAGUAGGAUUCCUUUCAACCACAGUAUACUCUUAAGUUUGACAUUAAGAAAGAUUAUAUCACCAAAAGUGAAAUUCAGAUUAAAAAAAAACCAACAGCCAAAAUGCCAAGGAUGGCACAGGCUGAAUGGUAGAGUAAUAGAGUCUGUACCUUACUGCUUUGUGGCUGCAGUUAAUUUUUGUUCCCACUGAAACUGUGACUACCUAUUCGCCCCUGAAGCAGAAAUAAAUGGAGUUUGUUUUAUCUGUUGCUUACAUUGA